CACGGCAAUAAAUAUAUAAAAAAUUCAUAGGCGCGUAUUUACAAUGGCCAGGCCGGUGGAAACCGUGUUUAGGCCUUGCCUUUACAUUUUUAAGUUUUUCGGGUUGUAUUCACUAAGCAUAGGGAGCGUAGACGCGAAUAGAGAAACACUAUUAGGGAUUGUUUGGAGUUUGGUCGUUGUAUUUUGUUGCAUGUCGAACGCUAUUUACGGAAUUGUACACAGAAAUGUGCAGUUCAAGAGUUUACUCCUAACACUGACCGAUACCAUGGAGAUUUGUAUCGCAUUCACCAAUGCCACAGUUUCAAUUAUCUUUCUACUAGUGAUCCGGAGAAAAUUAUCCUCUUAUUUGCAAAAACUCAGCAAAUGUGACGAAGAGUUUCGGAGAUUGAUUCACAAACAGAAAUACAAACGGACGAAACGACUUAAUAGGAUAAUUGGAUUCGGCUUGGCUUUGCUUUUGGUUGUGAUAAUUUGUACUUACCUUUGGUUCGAUACCACUUUGUACAUGAGCGAAAUCACUUUCGUCAUGAUUGGGGAUUCGAUGGCGUAUUGCUUUCCCUUCAUUAUUGGACUACUUGUAACUGCACAAUUCUCCCUGAUGACGCUAUUGCUCAAGCAACGGUUUGUUUGGAUAAAUGAGAAGUUAAUUCAGACCAAACUAACUAGUGCAUUAAUUGACGACGAAAUUAUCCCAACUUUGGAGAAUUUGAGACGGAAACACGAUAUUUUGAGUAGUCUGGGAGCUCAUCUGAAUAAAAUCUACUCAGUUCCGCUGUUACUAACAACUUUGCAUCAUUUCAUUGUUAUUAUAGUGACGUGUCUUCUGCAUCUCCAAGACUCGAAGCCCUUGAAACAGGGACAUUCGAGAUUGCUAUACAAUUUGUACGAUUGUUUAGUUCUAAUAUUCCACAGUGUGGAGACAGUAGCCAUGGUCAUGGUUUGUUCAAAAACACGAAACGAAGUAAGGUGUUACUUUAUUGCGAUUAAAAAAACCGAUUUUUUAGGCGAAAAAUACAGCCAAUAUUUUGCACCACUUUCCCAAAACGUUUACACAAGUUGACAGUUUUAUUCAGCUGUUUUCGAUGCAAUUGUUGGACGAUGAGGUCGAAUUUUGGGCUUGUAGAAUAUUUAUAAUCAACGAGACUUUAUUAUUCUCGGCAAGUGUUUGCCUAAAAUUAAUUUAACGCAAAAUGUUGUCCUUGCAGAUGGUUGGUGCAGUCACAUCGUAUCUCAUUAUCGUAUUUCAAAUGGAAAUUGAUAACAAUAAAUAAACUUAACCAAAAAAACUAAUUGUCGGUACAAAUACUUCGUAAACUAUAAUUUGGAGUUAUAAACGAGUUAAUAAUUAAUAAGACACGAGUUUGGGCUUUUUAUUUAGAAGUAAAUUAAAUCAUGUCCGCGGCUCACGAUAUUUACAGCGUGGUUAAACCCUUGCUGAUUUUUUCAAAAGUCUUUGGACUGUAUCCAAACACGGUUGAAAAUUUUGAAACCCAACAAUUAACAAGCCCUUGGAGCAAUGGUCUCGACAUUGUUUGGUCGGCCACUAUUAUGAUUUUUUUGACGUUCUAUUCCAUUUACACCAUGAGAAUGGGGGAAAAACCCGCAACUAGUACCGAGUUAAUUGUUGAAAUUGGCGAUAUUAUCUACAUGAGUGUUUCCCUAAUCGACGCCUUCUUAUUAUCACUCUUUAGCAUAACAAAACGCACUAAGAUGGUACAAUUUUUGCAAAAGUUUGCCAACUUUGAGAAAAAAAUGCAACAACUGGACUUGCCUCUCGACCUGGCCAAUGAGUACACGAGAGCCAAAGUCUGUGUACUUUUCGCUAUAGCGACAGCCAUAAGUCUGAUCAUUUCUUACGUUAUCAUUGACAUAAUCCUGUUUUUGGGGAAUGUGACUUUCGAAGACAUUGGGGCUGAAAUUGUGGCUUACGUUUAUCCUUUGGUCACAAUGAUGACCAUGGUUAUGCAGUUUUGUACAUUGUGUUUGCUCACUCGACAAAAAUUCAGGUGGAUUAAUUUGAAACUUGACCAAAUUCGGAAGCAAUGGCAGGGGAAAAAUAAAACCACUUAUUACUCCAACAAAAUUAAUUCGUUUCACCUAAGUAAAAAAAAACAUUUUUUCCAUUUGGGUCGUAAUUUUUGUUGCAGAGAAACUACCAAAGCAAUAACUUUGGAAAAACUGAUUUAUUUUUUAGAACAGUUCAGACGCAGGCAUUACGAGCUGUGUUCGCUUACUGAAAACUUAAACAGGAUUUUCAACGUACAAAUCCUCUUCACCUGUCUUAACUUAUUCAUUACUAUAACUUUCACGGUUUAUUUCUAUUUCAUAAGCAACUCGGACGCUAAAAUCCGUAGCCCGGUCCUGUACUCGACUUACUACGCCUUGAACGGCUUUAUAAACGUUUCCGCUUUAUUUGGAUUAGUUUGGGCGGCGUCCCAAACAAAAAAUGAAGCCAAACACACAAGUCGUAUUCUGCAUAAAAUCUACGACAGGAACGAAGAAGUGGAAAACUCGAUAAUGCAUUUCUCGUUCCAACUUUUGCAAAGCAAUGUCGAAUUUUCAGGCUGUCAUGUGUUUGUUUUGGAUGAAACGUUAUUGUUUUCGGUAGUUGGCGCCAUUACGACAUAUUUGGUCAUCGUAAUUCAGUUCCAGUAUCAAAAUUAAAACACACAGUAUUUUAAUAAAACGUUUUUUUGCUUUCGCAUGUUUUGUCCUCCAUGAAAAAACGCAGCAAACAAUAAACAAGCUUAAAUAAAUAUUAACCAAA